UCUAAAAAUGCUGAUUUGAAAUGAAAAUUUGGAAUGGUCUCUUAGUUUUUUUCCGCGGCUACAAAGCUCAAACACUAAAAGCACAACUGCGCAAAAUGUUUUUUUACAAAAAAUCUUGUUGCACAAAACUGGCAACAGACAUGCGCUCCAUACACACGACGUCCUCUGCCAGCGCGCAUGCGCAGUAUCACCAUACCGGCGGAGGCUGAACGAUAGCAGCUUAAACGACACGGGGUAAACUAGACCAUUUUGACAGUCAACACCAUGAGUCAGGGGAAAGACAAUGCACGUCUCAAAAGCUAUAAAAACAAAUCCCUCAACACAGAUGAGAUGAGAAGGAGGAGGGAAGAGGAAGGCCUGCAACUUCGCAAACAAAAGAAAGAUGAACAAUUGUUCAAGCGCAGAAAUGUGGCCACAGUGGAAGAGGAUGGAGCACUGGAGGAUGAUGGGAUGUCUGACAGUGGAUACCUAGAGUCACAGGCCAACAACAUGGACCAAAUCACUGGAAGUGUGAUCUCUGAGGACAUGAUACAGAUGAUUUUCUCUAGCUCUCCAGAACAACAGCUCAUCGGAACACAACGCUUCAGAAAACUCUUAUCUAAAGAGCCUAAUCCCCCCAUUGAUGAGGUCAUUGCCACCCCGGGAGUCGUGGAGCGCUUCGUUGAGUUCUUGAAAAGAAGGGAGAACUGCACGCUACAGUUUGAAGCAGCGUGGGUUCUGACGAACAUCGCCUCAGGCACGUCCCACCAGACGCGUGUGGUCAUCCAGGCCGGGGCAGUGCCUAUCUUCAUUGAGAUGCUCAGCUCGGAUUUUGAGGAUGUGCAGGAACAGGCGGUGUGGGCUUUAGGCAACAUUGCAGGGGACAGCACCGAAUGCAGGGAUUAUGUUCUAGACUGCAACAUUUUGCCCUCUCUAGUACAGUUAUUGGCUAAACAAAAUCGCCUGACGAUGAUGAGGAACGCAGUUUGGGCUCUUUCUAACCUGUGCAGAGGGAAAAAUCCACCCCCAGAUUUCACCAAGGUGUCACCGUGUCUCAGCGUUCUCUCAUGGCUGCUCUUUGUGAACGAUACCGACAUUCUGGCUGAUGCAUGCUGGGCUCUUUCUUAUCUAUCCGAUGGACCCAACGAGAAGAUACAGGCUGUUAUCGACUCGGGAGUCUGCCGCAGACUGGUUGAGCUGCUCCUGCAUGCGGAAUAUAAAGUGGUGUCCCCUGCUCUAAGAGCCGUGGGGAAUAUUGUCACAGGAGAUGAUCUACAGACUCAGGUGAUUCUUAACUGCUCGGCUCUUCAAAGUCUUCUUCACCUGUUGAGUAGCCCGAAAGAGUCCAUUAAGAAGGAAGCAUGUUGGACUAUCUCUAAUAUCACAGCUGGGAACCGUGCACAAAUACAGAUGGUGAUAGAUGCGGAUUUGCUCCCCCCAUUGAUCCAUAUUCUGCAAGUAGCAGAGUUUCGUACAAGGAAAGAGGCUGCUUGGGCCAUCACAAACGCUACGUCUGGUGGUUCUGCCGAGCAGAUCAGGCAUCUUGUUGAGCUUGGUUGCAUCAAACCCCUCUGUGACCUCCUGACGCUGAUGGAUUCAAAGAUCGUACAGGUGGCACUGAAUGGUGUGGAGAACAUCUUGCGACUUGGUGAGCUGGAGGCUAAACGUGGUGGAGGCAUCAACCCCUACUGUGCCCUCAUUGAGGAAGCAUAUGGGUUGGACAAACUUGAGUUUCUCCAAGGCCACGAAAACCAAGAGAUCUACCAGAAGGCUUUCGACCUGAUCGAGCGCUACUUCAGCACAGAUGAUGAAGAUCCAGCUCUGGCACCUGCCGUGGAUCUCCAGCAGCAGCAGUUCCUUUUCCAGCAGUGUGAGGCUCCCAUGGAGGGUUUCCAACUUUAACAUCUCCCUCCGUCCACUUCUUCAAGCGAUCCACCCUGGAGGGUGAGCGAUGCCCCUGACCCAACAGAGCAAUGGAUUCAAUGAAUGAACAUUUUUAUUAGAGUGUUAUUAUACAAGAGCUUGUGUUGCCGGUCAACCCAUUUCCCCCUCUUGUCCUGUUUGUCAUUGGCCCAGUCCUGAAGGAUGUGCUCCAGAACAAUGACGACAUCAUGCCCAGAUGCAGGAAACCUGUUGUCCCCUAGAUAUGUCCUCGAUAUCCCACACAGAUACAUCCUUCACUCUGAAUGUCCUGCAUUAAAUCUUAAUUCAACCCUCAAUGCUUGCAUCCACUCAGCCCUUAACCAAGUUACAAGUGUAUUCAGGAAAACUGCAUCCAGCGAUGAGUUGAUAAAAGCUGGGAAAGCACAGCUUGUGUGACGUGACUGCAAUACUGAUUCUGUCAAGGCAUCUACAUUUCAUGUUGGUAAACACUGGACUUGACCGUGUGACUGUGUUGCAUGACCUCAAAUUUCCCCCUCAAAAAUCACAGCCAAUCCGUGCUGAGGAACCGAAAGGAUGUCUAAUGAAGACAAGGAACUUUAAUCUUCUGAUUUGACCCAGACAGCUCAAAGACAGACAGAUGAACCGAGAGGUCCAGACUUUUGACUGAUGGUGCCAGCCAGACAGUAUCUUGCUUUUCACAUUUAACAUGCAUUCCGACAAUGACUGAACUUUAUAGGCUCUGCCUUUCUUUUGGGGUUACUCAUUGCAACUUUGGAAUUCUGGGAGUUUGGAGUCUUACCACUUGCUGAGACUGCUGGACAGAGGAGAAAAACAAGACAAACUUUUUUUGAUUCUUUAGACUGCAUUAACCAUUUGAUACUUCAAGAGGACAAUUUCACAUAAGCAUCAUCUUCAUCUGCACUUUACUUUUAAAACAGACACCCUUUGUGAAAACUUCUACAGUCGGUUUUAGGCCCAAAUCGCUCAGGAUAUUGAGGUGAAAAUUCUGGUGCAUACCCUAAAUUACAGGAUGAAUUUACCUAAAACACUAAGUAUUUAAGAGCGUGAUGUCAUUGAAAACUCCGCCCCUUCAAAGCUUCCACCAAGUCUGAACAUUUCAACAAGCUGUUAAAAAUUGAGCUAAAGGCGUAGCUUCCUGACGUGUGUGUGUGUGUGUGUGAGACCAACUUUAAUAUUGUCUAAUCAUGCCGAAUGCAAACACACAUCGACAUUUUCUGAAUAUCUAGAGAGGAAAAAUACAUUGUGGAAAGAUAGUUAAAUGAAAACAAUUCUGUUUUGUUUUAUUGUAUUUUUGUGAGGGUAAAAUCUUUUAAACCGAAGGUGCCACAGUCCACAUUUUAAAAUUGACGUGGAAAAUGAUGAAACAAAACACAAAUGGACUUCAAUGAAGACUAAAUAUAUCAGUAAAAUUAAACUUUAAAUUACUGCGUUUUAGCGCAAAAUAUAUGAUUGUUUACUGCAUUUUUCUUAUUUCGAUGUCAGAUUCUUCCCAAAAGAUGACCAACUCUUUGUGUUCAAUACUGCUGUCGUAUUAAGA